CGGAUUGGCUACUCACUUGGCAGAAGUCGAUUUUGUGGCGGGUAGCAGAAGUUGUCCGCGCUUUAUCCUUACAUUUUGGGGCACUUAGUGUGAGAAGCAGUGUCAGAUAGGUACUUCUCAUUGUAAGAUACCUUUUGUUAUAUUAAAUUUGUAGCACUUUUUUGAGGAAAAAACAAAGAACAAGCAGCCAUGCACGUCAUCAAGCGAGAUGGUCACCAGGAGCGUGUCAUGUUUGACAAAAUCACCUCCCGGAUACAAAAGCUCUGUUAUGGCCUAAACUUGGAGUUUGUGGAUCCUACUCAAAUCACCAUGAAGGUCAUCCAGGGCCUCUACAGUGGUGUGACUACGGUGGAACUGGAUAUACUGGCUGCUGAGAUUGCCGCCACCCUCACAACUAAGUAUCCCGACUAUGCAAUCUUGGCUGCCCGCAUUGCGGUGUCCAACCUGCACAAGGAGACUAAGAAGGUCUUCAGUGAGGUGAUGGAGGAUCUGUAUAACUACGAGAACCCCCUGAAUAAGCGGCACUCUCCGAUGAUCUCCCAGGAGACCCUGGACAUUGUCCUGGCCAACAAGGAUCGUUUGAACUCUGCCAUCAUCUACGACCGGGACUUCUCCUACAACUUCUUUGGAUUUAAGACUUUAGAACGUUCCUACCUCUUGAAGAUUGAUGGGAAAGUGGCUGAACGGCCCCAGCACAUGUUGAUGCGGGUGUCAGUGGGAAUCCACAAGACUGACAUCGAUGCAGCCAUUGAGACGUACAACCUGCUGUCAGAGAAGUGGUUCACCCAUGCCUCCCCCACGCUUUUUAAUGCUGGCACCUGCAGACCCCAGCUGUCCAGCUGUUUCUUGUUGGCGAUGAAGGAUGACAGCAUCGAAGGUAUCUACGACACGCUGAAGCAGUGUGCGCUAAUCUCCAAGUCCGCCGGAGGCAUUGGCGUGGCUGUGAGCUGCAUCAGAGCGACUGGCAGCUACAUUGCAGGAACGAAUGGCAAUUCCAACGGCUUGGUUCCUAUGCUCAGGGUCUACAACAAUACGGCUCGCUACGUGGAUCAGGGCGGGAACAAGAGGCCUGGGGCCUUUGCCAUGUACUUGGAGCCCUGGCACUUUGACGUCUUCGACUUCCUGGAGCUCAAAAAGAACACGGGGAAAGAGGAGCAGAGAGCCCGCGACCUCUUCUAUGCCCUGUGGAUCCCUGACCUCUUUAUGAAGAGGGUGGAGAAGAAUGAGGAUUGGUCACUGAUGUGCCCGAGCGACUGCCCAGGCCUUGACGAGUGCUGGGGGGAGGAGUUUGAGAAGCUCUACACCAGAUAUGAGAAGGAGGGCCGGUCCAAACGGGUGGUGAAGGCCCAGCAGCUGUGGUACGCGAUCAUCGAGUCUCAGACAGAGACAGGCACGCCCUACAUGCUCUACAAGGACGCCUGCAACAGGAAAAGCAAUCAGCAGAACUUGGGCACCAUCAAGUGCAGCAACCUGUGCACGGAGGUUGUGGAGUACACCAGCAAGGACGAGGUAGCGGUUUGCAACCUUGCAUCCAUUGCACUCAACGUGUUCGUCACCCCUGAGCGUACUUACGACUUCAAGAAGCUGGCCUAUGUCACCAAGGUUAUUGUGAGAAACCUCAACAAGAUCAUCGACAUAAACUACUAUCCCAUCCUUGAGGCUGAGAACUCUAACAAGCGGCACAGACCCAUCGGGAUUGGGGUACAGGGUCUGGCUGAUGCAUUCAUCCUUAUGCGGUACCCCUUUGAGAGCCCCGAGGCACAGCUGCUCAACACGCAGAUCUUUGAGACCAUCUACUAUGCUGCACUGGAAGCCAGCUGUGAACUGGCUGCUGAGUUGGGCCCCUAUAAGACCUAUGAGGGGUCACCUGUCAGCAAGGGGAUCCUGCAGUACGACAUGUGGGAGAGAACCCCCACCGACCUGUGGGACUGGAAGGCGCUGAAGGAGAAGAUAGCCAAACAUGGGGUGCGUAACAGCCUCCUUUUGGCCCCCAUGCCUACUGCAUCCACUGCCCAGAUUUUGGGUAACAAUGAAUCUAUUGAGCCCUACACCAGUAACAUCUAUACCCGCAGGGUGCUGUCCGGGGAGUUCCAGAUUGUGAACCCCCAUCUGCUGAAGGAUCUGACGGAGAGAGGGCUAUGGAACGAGGAGAUGAAGAACCAGCUCAUUGCCCACAAUGGCUCCAUACAGAAUAUUCCUGGCAUACCAGCGGACCUGAAGGAGCUAUACAAGACUGUGUGGGAGAUCUCCCAGAAGACUGUGCUGAAGAUGGCUGCCGAUCGGGGAGCCUUCAUUGACCAGAGCCAGUCCUUGAACAUUCACAUUGCGGAGCCGAACUAUGGGAAGCUGACCAGCAUGCACUUCUAUGGCUGGAAACAGGGCCUGAAGACAGGCAUGUACUACCUGAGAACCAAGCCAGCUGCCAACCCCAUCCAGUUUACCCUCAACAAGGAGAAGCUGAAGGAGAGUCACCCGGCCAUGUCCAAUGGAGACGAUGCGGCCGCCACCAAGGAGCAGAACAAGGCGGCCAUGGUGUGCUCCCUGGAGAACAGAGACGAGUGUCAGAUGUGUGGAUCCUAAGCCCACCCUGCUGCUGCCAGCCCCCCUUCAAUUUGGGCUGUAAAUGAUCGGUGCUUGGGUAGUGGGGAGGCUUGUCAUUUGCGUUCUUCGUGGUUCUGUAGAACACACUGGUUUAUCCCAGGACAGGGGUAUUCUGGCAUUGACUGGAAUCAAACUUCAAGCCACUUGGGACUUAUCAGUUUCUUGGUUCCCCCCAGUAUGUUCCUGACUAAGCUUAAUUUACCCCCCCCAUCCACACACAUCACUAGCAUUUUCAUAGGGAUAAAAAUUUGAACUGCUUCAUUAAAGCACCAAUUUGUAUGAUUCUUUUUUAGCAAGUGUGGCCAGAUGCAUCAAACUGUAAAUAUUCAUUUGUAUCCCACACCACAAGCUGUAAAAUCCAAAUUUGCGAUCUAUAGGUUGAAGUUUAACUUCGGGUAUUUUUCCUUCCUGUACAGAAUGGCUUAUUAAAAUGUGCUCCAAUUCAGUUUUAAAUGUCACGGUAAGUGUUAAUAUGUAAAUCUGCUCUGCCGCUGGAGUAAACGCCGAUGAUUUAAAUACAGAGGUACAUGUGGAUCUCGCUGUAUAUUAACCUGUUUUACAUUUUUUGCAAAAUAAAGAUUCUGAUGUCAUGAAA